CGACGCGGCGGGGUUUGCGCUGGGAACCUCGGCUGGAGGCUUGCCGGGCAGAGCGUAGCUGAUUGGUGCUCCCGAGGCAGCCUGCGGGUCUGGCCGCCUUGGUGUCACUCCCCCAUGGAUGUACCCCAGGUGUUGCGGGAGCCGGUGACCUUCGAGGACGUGGCCGUGCACUUUUCCAAGGAAGAGUGGGCAUGUCUAGACCCCAGCCAGAGGGUGCUAUACCAGGACGUGAUGCUGGAGAACUUCCGGACCCUGGCUGCGCUGGGGCUCCAUGGGCUGCGGCCGCAGCUCGUCUUGUGCCUGGAGAAGUGGGUGGAGCCGUGGGCCGACAAGUGGGAGAGAUCUGAGGCUCUGGCCUGGCCGAGGGGCUCCAGCCCAGAGUCUCUUAGAAGAGAAAUCGAGCAGCUGUGUGAGAACAAGACAAAUCGGGGAGACCCUGAAUUCUCUGGGACCCCAGGAUGGGGAGGACCGCAGCUCCCAAGUCUGAGGGAAGGCACCGGGAGACCUCGGCAGGAAGGACCCUGCGGCCCGCCGUCGCCCCCACCCGGGAGCCCCCCCGUGCGGGAAGGAGCCCGUGGGACAGUCGCGUUCCCGAAGGACUGUGUCCUGAGCUCGGGCCGCGGGCGGCAGCUUCCUGGAGCCACCUCAGCGAGCGGGGCCGGCAGGCGCCCAGCCCUCCCGCGUCCGGCGUGUGGGCGGCGGCGUGGGUGUCGAGCAGGCGAGCACGCGUUCAUUUGCGGCACGUGCGGGAAGGUCUUGAGCAGCCAUAGCCGGCUGGUCACCCACGAGACCGUGCACACGGGCGCCAAGGCCCUCGAGUGCUUCCAGUGCGGCCGGGCCUUCCGCUGGGCCUCCAACCUCCUGCGGCACCAGCGCGGCCACGCGCGCGAGAAGCCCUUCCGCUGUGAGCAGUGCGGCCGGGCCUUCCGCCUGAGGGACCGGCUGACGCAGCACCGCAAGGUGCACUCGGAGCACAGGCCCCACCGCUGCGCCGCCUGCGGCAAGGCCUUCAAGCAGCGCUCGAACCUGCUGCGGCACCAGCUGGCGCACACCGGGGAGCGGCCCUUCCGCUGCGGCGCCUGCAGCAAGGCCUUCCGCACCAAGGAGAACCUCACGCACCACCUCAGGGUCCACAGCGGCGAGAAGCCCUACACCUGCGCCGAGUGCGGCAAGGCCUACCGGUGGCCCAAGGGCUUCAGCAUCCACCAGCAGCUGCACCGUGCCCAGCGCUCCUACACGUGCGACCUCUGCGGGAAGGGCUUCCGCCACCUGGGCUUUUUCACGCGGCACCAGAGGACCCACAGGCGAGGGGACGUGUAGGUGCCCGCCGGGCCAGCCCCACAGGCCUGGGGCUCUCAGGUGGGCCGUAGGUCUUCGGGACGGCACGGUGGGUGAAUGCCCUUGGCUGGCGUUGCCUGGAGAGACUCUCCUCAGUCCUUGCAGCUCAGGAGAGUAGUCGGGAAACGGGUUUUGCAGGAGGAAGGGGUUGUGAGCACCCAGUGGAGUGGCUGCGGCUGCCCCUUGGUCCCCGAGCGCCCUGGAAAGGCACUGCCGCGGUGCAUCGAGGCCGUGUGCAUCCACAGAAGCCCAUUGUGGUUCAGGUGCCAGGAAGCUGCUCUGAAUCCGUGCCCCUCCCCACCGUCAGGAUGGAGCCUGGCCUCUCCAUGGCCGCCUUGCCUGGGACCCCCCAAGUGCAAGCACCAUGCGUUCUCUGUCCAUUUUUUGUCUUCUCUCCCACUGUCUUAGUGCUCUAGUGCUACCAUAACAGAAACACAAGUGGAUGGCUUCAGCAAACAAGUUUAUUCCCCCACAGCCUAGGAGGCUGCAAGUCCAAAUUCAAGGCUUCAGCUCCAGCUCUCUCUGUCGCCUCUAGAGGAAAGUCCUUGCCAUCAAUCUUCCCCUGGACUAGGAGCUUCUCAGCUCAGGGA